AUGAGUUCCGAUAGUAUAUUCAACCCAGCUUCAAUCCCCGAGCAUGAGUCCAUCGUACCCGGCGUGGUUACUCGCCUCCCAGAUUUUUGCGCCGCCAGCCCCCUUUUCUGUUUCCGGCUUCUCGAGGUAGAAUUCGAGAAUGCUGGCAUUACUGCCGAUCGUCACAAGACCAAAUGGACAAUCAGUAAGCUGCCCCAAGAUGUAGCCUGGCAACUACAGGAUGUCAUUAUGGCCCACCCCAAGUACUCCGUCCUCAAAGACGCCGUGAUUAAACGGACCUCUCCGUCCGACGUUGAGCGAGUGCGGCGUCUUUUUAAAUAUCUGUCACUGGGGGACCGCACCCCAUCUGCCCUGCUGCAAGAGAUGCAACAAAUACUAGGUCUAUCCGUCAUCAGCGAGGAAAUUCUGAGGGAGAUCUGGAUGCAGCGACUCCCGACGGACGUGCAAGCAAUUGUUGCGUCCGCCCGUAAGUCCCCUCUUACGGUUGCGGCAUCCAUUGCCGAUGAGAUGAUGAUCCGCCUUCGGCCCCAGGUGUCCGUAGUAGCCCGUCCCCCAAUUUCCACUGAUAUCACUACCUUAGGCGAUAUUUCCCGUGUGAUCCCUUGUUCUUAA